AUUUCAUUUUAAUAUUAUACAGAACCCUAUUACACGCACCCUGCACUCUGUCUUCCGAAGUGAAAUCUGCGCCUCUAAAUCUACGCUAUGCUUAAAAACCUCACAAUGAACAGAUCAGAGAAGCCUCUUCCUCUGACUCCGCAAACACAACAAAAGAUAUCUUCCGAAUUAUCACCGGCACCUCCGCCGCUCGAGAGGGAGCAAUGGGCAGCUGUGAACCAACAAAACAUAAAUUUAAAGCAGCAAAAUGAAACGUUGCGCUGCGCCUUGCGAAAGAAAAACGAAAGGAUUAUUCAGCUACAACAACAAAUGGCUGAAUACCAGCGUUACAUUACGCAACAGCAUGAAGAUUUUGCCCGGGUGACCCGGAAAGUUCAUUCGGCCUUUCAAGACUAUUAUUUUGCAUUAGAGAGCAGCAACAUCAGGGCUAUGGACGCGGAUCCAACGAAUGAGCCUGCCCCAGCAUGUGCGGCAUUUAGCGACAGCGAAGAAGACUUAAUUUAGCUGUUUUACGGAGAUGUUGACUAAAAU